AUGCCCACAGUCACUCCGACGCCAAUCAUGCUGGGGGUGACAAGGGAGAUCACAAAGUGCCGCUGCGUUCACGGGCAACGCUGCAGCUGUGCCUUGAAGAAGGAUCAUCACCUGGAUCCUGUCCCCGAGACGGGGCUGCCUCCGACCCAGUCCACCACUGCCGUGGAGCCCAGGAAACCCCGUCUGACGUCGACCAAGUCGGAGAGCACCCUCACCGUCUUUCGGGAUGGCCACCACAAGCCAAUGCACAAACACAAUGACAUGGCCCACAAGUGUGGAUUGCCCUACACCAUCCCGAGGUCCCAUACCGUCCAUUCGACAGACUUUGCACAGCGCUCAGUCGACCAUCUGCCUUUGACACACAACAAGGCAACUGAUCUCACGGCAGGUGUGGAUCUGGAUGUGGACCAGGGACCUCGUGGGCCUCAGCGGCUGGUCAAAUCCGAACAAGGUUCACCUGAGUCGGCGCCUGUCCCGGUUCUGGAACAGAUCAGCACACAAAUUCCUCCACUGGAUCUCUCGUCCUUCGCGCCCAUCGCCACGAGCGCUACGACCGACUCGCCGUUAAAUUCGAUGAUCUUUCAAGACCCCUACCAGGAGUCGUGGCUUCCGUCGCCCGAUACGGACGCCUCGCUGGGCUCGACCGCGUUCAAUGCUCCCUCUGUGGACUGGUCUAGCUUCCCUCUCUGCUCGUCGGGUGCGACUGCCACGGCGAGCAGCCAGCCUCCGUCCUACGCUAGCUACGACUUCAACAACAACAACAAUUCUAAUUACCCCGGGCUGGCCGCCUCCUCGUCGGGUGAAAUUUCCGAAGUGGACGAAUUCGGCCCUCUCCCGAGCCUGGGCGCGUCCAGCAACGAUCUCCAUGAUCUGCACAGCGUCAGCGAUGGCUCCGAUGUCGAUCAACUCCGUCUCAGUUCCGCUUCCUCGUUUAUAGGGUUGCCCCAAGCCCAGCUGCUGUCGUCUAACAACCUGGAGUCGAUCGACAUCGACGAUUUCCUCAAGUCCGCCAACGAGUCGACGGCCGCACUGGAGCAACAGCUGCAAGCGAGCAUGGGGAUGGAACCAAAGUCGAUCCCUGCGACGCAGCAAGAUUACUCAGUUGCGCACACCCAGAGCUACUCCCAAAGCGAGCCUUCGAUCUGCCUUCCACUGACCGCUCCUCAGAACGACAUGAAUAAUGAUAUGAUAUGGCCUGUGUCCUUGUUUGACUCUGAAGAGCCGUUUUCACAGCCUCCGUGGGCGAACUAG